CGCCAGGGCCAGUGGGCGCGUCGUGGGCCUGGGGACGCGGCGUGGCAGCCCGCUCCUGCGCCUCGCCAUUGGUGACCCUGGGGGCAGGGUAGAGCCGCCCCUAUGAGGGCGACAGGAAGAAGCGUGGUCGCUGGUGGCGAGGGGUGGAGGCAGCGGCGGUAGCAGGCGCCGGGCGGGAGGUGCCGGCUGGUUGGGGGCCGUGAGUUCCCGGGCUGGGGCUGCUCGGGGCUGGGCGACGCUCCCUCCCUCCCCAUGGAGCCCGAGGCGCUGCGCCGCCGGCUGGCCGCAGCCGGGCAGAGCCACCUGCUGCGCUUCUGGGCCGAACUGGGCGGCGCGGAGCGGCGGGCGCUGCGCGAGGAGCUGGAGGGUCUGGACUGGGAGGCGCUGGGCUCCUGCUUCCGUCGGGCCGUAGAGGGCGCGGGCGCGGGCGCGGCCGGCCGCGACAAGGUGGACGGGCGGAUGGAGGCCCUGCCGCGGGCCGUGCUGGGCAGCGCCACCCGCGACGUGGGCCGGCUCCCCGAGUGGGAGCGCGAAGGUCUCCAUCAGAUUUCUCAGAGCAAAGUAGCUGUCCUCCUCUUAGCUGGUGGACAAGGGACAAGACUGGGUGUUUCUUAUCCCAAGGGAAUGUACGACGUGGGGUUGCCAUCCCACAAAACACUCUUCCAAAUCCAAGCAGAGCGCAUCCUGAAACUGCAGCAGCUGGCUGAAAAACAUCAUGGCACUAAGUGUGUCAUUCCAUGGUACAUCAUGACAAGUGGCAGAACAAUGGAAUCUACAAAGGAGUUCUUCUUGAAGCACAAUUACUUUGGUUUAAAGCAGGAAAAUGUGAUCUUUUUCCAGCAAGGGAUGCUGCCUGCCAUGGGGUUUGAUGGCAAGAUUCUUCUAGAAGAGAAGAGCAAAGUUUCCAUGGCGCCAGAUGGCAAUGGGGGGCUGUACCGAGCCCUUGGCGCCCAUGGCAUCGUGGAGGACAUGGAGCAGCGAGGCAUCUGGAGCAUCCAUAUGUACUGCGUUGACAACAUCUUAGUGAAGGUGGCUGACCCCAGGUUCAUUGGGUUCUGCAUACAGAAGGGAGCUGAGUGUGGUGCAAAGGUGGUUGAGAAGACAAACCCCAUGGAGCCAGUGGGCGUGGUAUGCAGAGUGGAUGGCAUGUACCAGGUGGUGGAAUAUAGCGAGAUCUCCCUGGCCACAGCACAGAAACGUAGCUCCGAUGGCCGGCUGCUGUUCAACGCAGGCAACAUUGCCAAUCAUUACCUCACAGUGUCCUUUCUGAGAGAUGUUGUCAACAUUUAUGAACCUCAGUUGAAGCACCAUGUGGCCCAGAAGAAGAUUCCGUACGUGGACAUCACCACUGGGCAGUUGGUCAAGCCAGACAAACCGAAUGGCAUCAAGAUGGAGAAGUUCGUCUUUGACAUCUUCCAGUUUGCCAAGCAGUUUAUCGUGUACGAAGUGCUGCGUGAAGACGAGUUUUCUCCUCUGAAGAAUGCAGAUAGUCAGAAUGGGAAAGACAACCCCACCACUGCCCGACAUGCCCUCAUGUCACUGCAUCAUUGCUGGGUCCUCAAUGCUGGGGGCCACUUCGUGGAUGAAAAUGGCACCCGUAUCCCUGCGAUUCCCCGCUUCACAAGUGGAAAGCCAGAUGCCAUCACAGCAGAUGUCAAUUGCAAUUUGAAGGACGCUAACGACUUGCCCAUUCAGUGUGAAAUUUCUCCUCUCAUCUCCUAUGGUGGAGAAGGUCUGGAAAAGUAUGUGGAAAACAAAGAAUUUCAUGCCCCGUUGAUCAUUGAUGAGAAUGGGAUCUAUGAGCGGGUGAAGAACAGUGUUUAGACUCUUCUGCAGGAAGCCAGCGGACCCAGCAUAGUUUGACUGUGUCAGACUGUGAAUCCAAACAAAUGAAGGUUGUAGCUGUAAAUGGUAGGGGCUGGUCUUUGUCCUCUGAAUUCACUGGCUUGUGGCACAUUGUUUGUUUUUUUAAAUUAAAAUAGAGACCAUCUAAUCAGUCCCCUGAAGCUAAGUACAGAUGUAGUAUUGCUCUCCACACUUUAAACAUGGGCAUUUUUUUAAAUGUGUAUCAAACAAAAACAAUUGUACAUGUUGAAGGGUUUUUAAUGGUACGAGGAGAGGUUCAUAAUUUUUCCUCAAAUAUACAUUACUAUCUUUAAAAACAAAUAGGAUCAAUGUCACAGUCCACAUUCUGCCUUUUUAGGGUCAUUUUGUUAGCUAGUACAUCUGUUUUGGCUUUGUGUUCACCAAACUACAUUAAUAUCAUGCACAUAAAACCUAGUAACAUACAUUAUAUAUCUGGGUGUUGGGAAGUUAUGUUAAUGGAUUGUAUUAUGCUCUUCCCACAGUUCUGUUCACCUGUGUCAAGUAUCCCACAACACUGCAAAGCUGAAGUCAGCUUUGGCAUUAGAAAAUAAGAAACCUGUCAAAGCAAAGCUGCAUAAAUACCUUGUACCAAGUGCAGUUAGGGGAGUACUUUCCUGGCUCAUCAACACUUGCAAUGUAAUAUUCAGAACAAGAUAUCUAAAAGUAUAGGGAGGUACCAAGGACAAAGCUGGCACAAACUAGGUUAAAUUUAAACUUUAACUGGAUGUGCAUGGGUCAUUUAGCUUGUAACAUUCACACUAUAAACAGUGGGUUUGAGGGCAUAUCUUUGAAGCACACCUUCUGUGGAAGGUGAACAUGCUGAAAGAUAAGAAUUGCUUCCCAGAAGGAGGGUAUGUAUAUUUCCGUAUUGGACUGUUUUGUCUUUAAAAUUUGGCUAGGCUUGUUCAGUUGGUCCCUUGAACAUUCUUAGGCCUGGUUUACUCAAGAAGACUAGGUUGGUUUAACUGUCAGUUGGGGGUGGAAAAUCCACCCCCUUAGGUGGUGGUGUUAAAUUGAUCUGUCACCCUAGCUACUGCCUCUCUGGGAGGUGGAUUAUCUAUGCUGAUGGGAGAAUCCUGCCCGUUGGCGUAGACAGUGUCUGGACUGAAGCAUUACAGUGCAGUUGUGUUAAGUGCACACAAGCCCUUAAUAAUGAGCCAUAAGUGUAGUCAAAUCAAUUGGUUAUACCAUUAAUCAAUCAAUUAGUCAAACCCAUUUGUCCUGAGGUCAUGAGCUAGCCGGUUGGAUUUGGAGUAUCAGUCGCAGAUUGGACUUUGGGGGCCCUUGCUAAGUCAGGGAAAACUUGUGUUACUUUGGCAAAUAACUGGUUAACAGAUUAUGGAAAGCAAAAACUGCCUUCUGGGCAUAAAGCCAUAUUUUUAAGAAUAUUUAAAGAUUAAGUAAAAUGUUUUCUGUGCAAAAUACCCAGAUAAAGCAAAGACUAAAGUGGCCACUACUUGCAACAGAACACUUUUGUGCUAAAAAAUGCCAGGUAAACAUAUAAAAAUAACAUAGCAAAUGAAAGGUAGAAACAGGACAUUUUAAAGCAUGUUGUCAUACAGUACACAAGACCAUAGCAGUGAUUUGGUCACGUUAAAGGCAAUCC